AUGUCAUCCGCCGCGCGCAGAGUCUUUGACGUCGCCGAGCUCCUCGAGAUGAUCAUCGUCGAGGUGGGAGCUCUAGCCGUAAAAGACGAGGAGAACCAAGCCGACGCGAUCCGCUGGAGAGACCUCGAGGCGCGCAAAAUGGAACCCAUCACCACAAUUUCGCGCCUCAGCUCCGUAAACACUACCUUCCGACUCUGCAUCAAGCACUCGCGUCCAAUCAAACUCGCCAUGUACAACGGCCCAAACUCGUCAACAGACAGCGGCGAACAAGGAGGCCACAUCCUUCCCCUGCGAUGGUUUCUAGGCAAAGCACUCGACCAGUGCAAGGGACCUUACGGAGAUAGCAGAGACGGCCUAUGGUGGCCAGCCAGGGAAUUCUCCAUUAAAAUCAACUCUUUCCGACGUCAAGGCAGCAAUCGCCCAUCCCGCGCAUUCUCCAAAUUCAAGUCCACGGAGGGGAAAUAUCAAGAAGCUCGAUGGCGCUCUGUUAAAGUCAACGCGCACGCUUUCAGGGCUACGACGGUGAUUGUGAGUUUGAGUUUCUUGAAGCCGAAGAAGGGAUACGAGGGUUUGCGGAAUUUGUAUCGGGAGAGAUUGGUCCUGCGUCCGGAGACUACUUUGGGGGAUGUUUUUGAUAUGUUUGAGGCGCUUGGAAAUCGGACGUCUAAGGAGCAUGCGGAUCGUGCCGUGAGGUAUACGAGGUUCAUGAAUACCUUUGGGGAUUGGGCCUUUACUGAUUAUGGCUUGGAUUGGGACGGCUUGACAUAA